UGAAUGGAGGCCAGUGGAGGGAUUGGCAGAGAAUGGUGGAGGACACUGAGUGGAAGCAAGUGGAGGGACUGGCAGAGAGUGGUGGAGGACACUAAGUGGAGGCCAGUGGAGGGAUUGGCAGAGGGAUGGAGGACACUGCAUAGAGGUCAGUGGAGGGAUUGGCAGAGAGGGAUGGAGGGCACUGAGUGGAGGUCAGUGGAGGGAUUGGCGGAGGGGGGUGGUGGAUACAGAACGGUUAGUGAGGUGGAUGAGUCUGGCAGCAGCGUUCAUGAUAGACUGGAGAGGGGAUAGCCUGCGAUGAGGUCGGCCAAUGAGAAGGGAGUUACAGUAGUCGAGGCAUGUUGCGGAGGUUGGAGAUGUUGCGGAGGAUGGAGAUGUUGCGGAGGUUGGAGAUGUUGCGGAGAUGUUGCGGAGGAUGGAGAUGUUGCGGAGGUUGGAGAUGUUGCGGAGGAUGGAGAUGUUGCGGAGGUUGGAGAUGUUGCGGAGGA